GUUUUUCGAUGGGUAUUAAUUUAUGGGGUGGAUCGGAUCAUACAGAGCGCCAUGUCUUUGGUCGGCAACUACAGCGACUCGGACUCAAGCGGCUCCGACGAUGAUGUGGAGGUGAAAGCUCAGCCUUGUGCAAAGAAGCCCAUUGCCUUGCCUUCUGUGGACGAUCUAUUUGCGGACACCACCGUCGGCAAGAAGACGUCCCUCGCCGCCUUUGCUGGCGCCCCUAUCCGACCCGUCACAACCACAACGACGCCCACGGCCAAGCGAUCGUUGGACGCCGGGAGCGAUGCGUCGAUUGAUGGCACAAAGAUUGCAAAACGAAAAGUCCGUUCACUUGUACCACCUCAACUGCGACGACCGAAUGUGUCCACCGAAGAUCUCAGUGCGUGGAACACGGAGAAGACCAUGAAGCAGCAACAGCAGCAGACUGGGAAAGCAAGCAGCAGAGUGUCGUCAACGUGACCAAUGACACCAACCUUCCGAGCUCCAUGCAUAACACACGCUGACAUGCUUACUUCGCACGCCACACCACAUUAAAUAUAGCUGCAUUGGCUUAUCACUUUCCACAUUGCUUUUGUCUCCUCGUCCCAUGAUAACGGAAAAGUCUAUUCGGUGGCAGACCCAACAGUACCUGGAUCGGUGGCUGUUGGUUGCUGUUUCAGCGCACCUUUGACGGGGGUGGUUGGAGUGGGUCCCAGCUGGGACGACUUGACUGCAUUCAGCAGCGUCCGAAUGCCUUCCAGCUUCGCUUGAAGCACUUGGACGCGGUUCGGAAACUCGCGCAACCGCAGGGCGUAGUCCACUAGUGGGGACUGCGAUUCAUCUAGCGUUGCGUCGUCACCGGUUCCCGUGAGCGUCUCCGUCAGGGCCUUGAUCUUGCUGUGCAGUUGUUCUUGCGUCUCGAGCAGCAUCGACACGUACUGGUCGCACUUUUCGACUUUCGGCCACAUCGACAUGUACAGUCCCACGGCGAACUCCUGUCCCGCCAUCUCUGGUGCGAUCUUCUCGACACCAACAGCGGCGACGACAUCAUCACUCCUCGCCUCCUCAGAAGGCUUUACGUCGUCGGAGCUGGACAGUCCUUGCACAGUCGCCAUGGAUGUUCGGUCGCUCCGAAAUCUCGAGGUCCAAAUCGCACCUGCCGAA